CAGGGACACAUGGAGCCAGAGUCUGGUGCCAAUGGAACAGCUGUUACUGAGUUCAUCCUGCUGGGCUUGAUGGAGACACCAGGGCUGCGACCACUUGUCUUUGUGCUCUUCCUCUUUGCCUAUCUGGUCACUGUCGGGGGCAACCUCAGCAUCCUGGCAGCCAUCUUGGUGGAGCCCAAGCUCCACACCCCCAUGUACUUCUUCCUGGGGAACUUAUCAGUGCUCGACGUUGGGUGCAUCACCGUCACUGUUCCCUCAAUGUUGGGUCGUCUCUUGUCCCAUGAGCGUACAGUUCCCUAUGAAGCUUGCCUCACACAGCUUUUCUUCUUCCAUCAGUUGGCUGGUGUGGACUGCUUCCUGUUGACAGCCAUGGCUUAUGACCGAUUCCUGGCCAUCUGCCGGCCCCUCACCUACAGCACCCGCAUGAGCCGAACGAUUCAGAGGAUUUUGGUGGUUGUGUCCUGGGCUUGUGCCUUCAUCAAUGCACUGACGCACACUGUAGGCAUAUCCACACUCAACUUCUGUGGUCCCAAUGUGAUCAAUCACUUCUACUGUGACCUCCCCCAGCUAUUCCAGCUUUCUUGCUCCAGCACCCAACUCAAUGAGCUGCUGCUCUUUGGUCUGGGUAUCUUCAUGGCAGGUGUACCUGUGAUUCUUAUUGUCACCUCCUAUGUCCUUGUGGCAGCUGCAGUUUUGCGAAUACACUCUGCCGAGGGCAGGAAGAAAGCCUUCUCCACCUGUGGCUCCCACCUCACCGUGGUCGGGAUCUUUUACGGGACAGGUGUCUUCAGCUACAUGCGUCUGGGCUCAGUAGAGGCUUCGGACAAGGACAAGGGGAUUGGCAUCCUCAACACUGUGAUCAGCCCCAUGUUGAACCCACUCAUCUACAGCCUCCGAAAUCCUGAUGUGCAGGGCGCCCUCUGGCGGGUGCUCACAGGGAAGCGAACCCUUGCAUGA